AGAUACGUUUCAGUUCCACAAUGGCGUCUGCAGAUCUGAGAGACGAGCUGAAAUGCUCCAUCUGCCUGAACAUCUACACAGAUCCCGUCACCCUGAGGUGUGGGCACAACUUCUGUCUCAAGUGUAUUGAUCGUGUGCUAGACUCCCAGUGGAAUUCUUAUAGCUGCCCUGACUGCAGGCAAAUGUUCAAUCAUCGGCCAACAUUCUACAGGAACGUUACUCUGAAAAGUAUAGCAAACCAUUUCCAGCCUCCACCAGGACAGAAAAAAAAGGCUGGAGUCAUCUGCACCUACUGUCUGCACUGCCCGGUGCCUGCUGUGAAGUCCUGUGUGUUGUGUGAAGCUUCUCUAUGUGAAAGGCACCUGAAAGUCCACAACAAAUCAUCAGAACACGUCUUGAUCAAGCCCACCACUUCCUUGCAGAACAGAAAAUGUUCCAACCACAAGAAGAUCCUGGAGUAUUUUUGCCCCAAAGAUGAGGUGUGCAUCUGUGUCUACUGUCGGGUUGAUGGAGACCACAAUGGACACCAAGUUCAGUCUCUGGAUGAAGCCUCUGAAGAGAAGAAGAAGAAGCUUACAAAGGUUCUGGAGACACUGACCUCUAAGAAGAAGAAGGCUGAAACAAAAAUCCAGAAUCUACAGGAACGCCUGAAAAAAGAAAAGGGAAAGGCAGCUAAGAUAAAAGGUAAAGUCAACGCUCUGAUCAAAGAUCUUAGAAAACAACUGGAGGACGUGGAGAGAAGGGUCCUCAGUGAGAUCUCUGGGCAGGAAAAGCAGGUAUCAGUCUUCAUCUUGGACCAGAUCCAACAGCUGGAGAUAAAGAAGAACCAUCUGUCCAAGAAAAUGGGUAAAAUCGAGGAGCUGUGUAAGAUGACUGAUCAUAUAACUGUCUUGCAAGACCCAAAAUGUCAAAACAAUUGGGGUCAAGAGGACGAUGACCUUUGUGAUCAGAAGUUUGAAGAUACAGGUGACCUAGAUGAGGAUCUGAUCAAGAAGACCAUACAUCAACAAGUAUCUGAUGUGACAUCUCAUGUCAACUCCUGGCUGUUUUUGCUGGACCCUGUGGACCUCUCGUUGGAUGUUAAUAUGGCUGCUAAUAAUAUAUGUAUAUCAGAAGACUUGAAGACAGCAUCAUUGAUUUAUGAAGACCAAGAUGGUGCAGAUUGCCCAGAGAGGUUUCCUGAAAAUAAGGUUUUAAGUACUCAGAGUUUUUCAUCUGGCCAACAUUACUGGGAGGUGGACACCAGUAAACAGGAGAACUGGAGGUUUGGUGCGACCUACCCCUAUCGAAAUGGUGUCUAUAGGGCCUCCUGGACUUUAAGAAGGAAUAAUUACCAGUGUUUAGCCGUUCAUGAAAGUAAUGUUGUUUGUUUGUCCUGUAAUUUUUGUUGUCAGAAGUUUUGGGUGUAUCUGGAUUACGAGGCCGGGCAGCUGUCCUUUUACCAGCUGGGUGACCCUGUUAGACACCUGCACACCUUCACUGCCACCUUUACUGAGCCCCUUUAUGCUGUCUUCUGGUCUGAUAGUGCUGACUGGAUCAAAAGCAAAAGCUGAAGGACCUACCUGUAAUUCUCUUGAAGGUUAGUGAACCUUCAGCUUUAUUGUUUGUCCGAUUGUCUACCAUUCCAGUAACAACCUGUCUGAUAAUGUAACCAGAUGUCCUGUGUGGCAUCUCAUGUUGGCGUUUGCCCGUAUGGUCAUAAAGUAUAGGUAUAAAUAUGCUAUAUGGUGCCCAAAAGCCAUCUCUAUACAGUUGUGUAAAUACCAAUGUUAUGAAAUGCCACCACUACCAUACACUGCAUAAAUAAUGCCCUCAACAGUUGUAUAAUAGGUGCAGGUAGACACCCAUAUGACUAGAUGACAAGGAGGUCCUGGGCACCGAUCCACAGUUCAUGGUCCCAGCUGAGGCUAGAUUUUACCUACCAUAGACCUGUAUGCUGAUGCUGGAUGGGGGCGCUGAACACCGGAUAGUGCAGCAGCCAGAUAUGACCAUAAAUGACCUGUAGUAGACAGGCAGGAGUAUAUACACACAUAUAUACAAACUUUAACCCCUUAAUGUCACAUCAAUAAGAUACUAUAAUUUGGACAACCACAACAGUACCUAAAUAGCACCAUACAGCGCUCAAAAAUACUCACAUAAAAUGCUCUAUAGCUGCAAAACCAGUGCUCAAUACUGCCGUACAGUGCGCUUAUAUAAUACUGCCAUAUAGUUUGUUCAAAUACUGCCAUACAGUGCUCAA